GCAAACGUUGCACCUGCUAGUCAUGAGCCGACUUGGUGUCGCCGCGGUCGCCGUUGGGGCGCUUGCUGCCCCGGCCUUUUUGGCCCCAAGCACUUCAAGCCCAGCUUCCCAGUUGCGCGGGGCCGAAGUCUCCCACUCAGCGCCCAAGACUACGCAAAGCUCGACUGCAGCUGCAGGAGUGCUGGGUGCAGCUGCUGUGACUGCCGUAGCAUCCUUUGUGACUGGCAAGCGGCCAACCCGGGCUGCCGGCGCUGUGCAGUGCCAGGCCUUUGAUCCAAGCACACAGGUGGGUGCCACAAGACCCCUCGGCUUUUUUGACCCAGCAGGAUUUUGCAACGGCAUUGAUGAGAAGGGAUUCAAGAAGCUCCGUGCCUACGAGAUCAGGCACGCUCGAGGAGCCAUGAUGGGAGCCGUUGGUCUGUUGGUGCAGAGUGUCUACAAGUUUCCUGGCUUCGAGAAUGUUCCUUCAGGCCUUUCAGCCCAGUGGAGUGAACCAGGAAGCAAUGCGCUGUGGCUCUUGGUCGGUGCGAUUGGUUGCUUUGACAUUGGCCUUUCUCCCUGGAAGGAGGAUCCUGAGGACCCAGGCAACUACGGAGACCCAUUGAACCUCGCCAAGGGCAACAUCUCAGAUGACAUUCGAAAUCGUGAGCUGAACAACGGUCGUUUUGCGAUGUUCGCCUUUCUCGGAAUUGUGAGCGCGGAGCUGUACACUGGCAACUCAGCCAUUGGCCAGUUUGCUACUGCUCCUGUGAAGGCAGCUGUUCAGGGUGGUGCCUUCUGUGGCAAAUCGCUGGCCAAGCGCGAGCGUGCACAACAGAGCCGACAGAGCCGCAGGGCCUUUGAUGGAGCCUCUCUGCCAGGAGCAAUUGCUCCCCUGGGCUACUUCGAUCCUCUUGGCCUGAGUGGCUCUCAGGAGCGCUUCGACAAGUUCCGUGCCGCUGAAGUGAAACAUGGGCGGGUGGCGAUGCUUGCCAUUAUGGGAGCCUUUGCAGGGCACUGGGCCACACCCUUGGGAGCGCCUGCUGGGAUUGCUGGCUUCCAAGAUCCGAUUGGAGCCAAGGGUUGUGUGGCAUUGACCUUUUUCUGUGCCUUCCUGGAGACUGGUCCUUGGGCAGAUGCCUUUGCCAAGGAACCUGGCAACUUUGGCGACCCUUGCGACUUUGCUGAGAUUUUCGGUGUCAAGGACAUGAAAGAGAUGCAGACCAAGGAGCUUUCCAAUGGUCGCCUGGCGAUGAUGGCUACCAUUGGUAUGUGUGUUCAGGAGAGCGUCUUUGGCGAGAAGUUUUCUGAUCUUCCAGCACAGCUGGGUCUCUAGGUGCUUAGCAAUCCAACCACUCCACUUUCCCUCCGUCUUUUUGGGUGAAAAAAACACAGUGCAAGCGCGUUGAUGUUUGCGACCGGCAGACCAUUUUUUGAACGGAUGGAGUCAAA